AUGUCUUCCAAGGAGGAUAUUAAGAUCUGGGGCAUGCCCUCCUUCGUGGUGGACUUCCUGAUGGGCGGUGUUUCCGCUGCCGUCUCGAAGACCGCUGCUGCUCCCAUUGAGCGUGUCAAGCUUCUCGUCCAGAACCAGAUGUUUGCCGCCCACUCCGAAAGUGCCGCACUAGACCUUCCACUCGCACCAAAGCGCCCCAUGUCCAUACAGCGGUAA